UGUGGGGCUGAGGUGUUCCCAGGGCAGCAGUGGCAUCAGCUGCAGCAGGCCCCACGCUGGAGUCCCUCUCCCUUUGAAGCCAGCACCCAUCAGGAGAAGCCAGCCCCGGGACAGGGAGUGGUGGCAAAGCACACAACAGGGCUUUGUUCUGCCUUGUCCUGCCCCAGGACAGAGCAGCUUUCCUGAGGCCCAAGAACUCCAUGGCCUCACAGGUGUCACAAGCCAGCCACAAGUGCACUUCUACCCCAGACAGAGUCUGUGGGAGUCAGAGCAGAGUCAGCAGGUAACCCCAGGACAGGGAGCACCAGGACCAAGACCACCUAGACCCAAUUCAGCCAUGGGCUCAGGUUCACCUUGGUCCCUGCCAGGGGCUCUAUGACAGCCCAGGCCUAGCACAGGCCUGUCCCAGCUCUGCCCUCUCAGUGCCUGCAUCUGGCCUGAGAUAUUCUUGUUCUCCUGACCUGGCCAGGCCCCUUCACUACCCACAGCAGUCCCAGGAUGGAUCCUGUACGUGGACCUCUCUUGAGUCUGGCCUUGCCCUGAGCCCCAGCACCAGCUCUGGCCCUGGCACUCCUGCCCAGAUCUGGCCCUCGUGGGACCUCCUGCACAUCUUGUAGAACAGAUUGGGGCAAUAAUCAACAGACACUUCAGGGGCAGAAUUUUCUUCUAAGACAGAGGUCUGAGAUGGACCAGAUCUCUUGCAUUUUCUCAGCAGAGGCACUUCCCUCAACAACUGGCUCCCUAAGGCCCAUGUUUCCUCAGGACUGGUGAUGAAUACACAUCCACAGCCUGGAGAGCACCAGCCAACACUUUUCUUGGCACAUCUGAACUCUGCAAGGUUUUGACUCCUAUGGCUUCCCUCCAAACAGUGCUCCCUUUCCUGAAGAGUCAUGACCUUUUUAAGCACAUUUCUAUGGAUAUUGCUUCCCAGAAGAAGCUCUGUGGUAUCCCUCCUCCAUGGCCUGUGGGUAUGACUGUGUCUUUGCCCUGCACCACUGCAAAAAGGACUUUAUUUUUGAACAGAUUUGCAAACUUAAUUCUAGCAAUCCAGAUGAAAAAUUAUUGGAUGUUGAUGCUUUUUGAAAAAUAUGAAGGUGGAUCUUUCCCAUGACCAGCUACCCAAAAUGUGUUUCAGAAGAUUCAGACUAGCAUCUCUUGCAGCAAUUUUCCCUAAUGUGUUCUUUAAAUAAGUGUGGAAGUGUAUGAUCUUUCAGAUCAGACCAGGUCAGGCUGCUUUACCCCACUCCACUGUGUUUUUUAAUUGCAUAUUAAAAAUAAAAAAGUUUUAAUUUUUAUUUAAUACAACUUCCUUACCCACUCCACAAACCUUAUAGUUAAAGGGGUUGAAAUGGAUGACCUUUUAAAUGUCCCUUCUAAGCUAAACCAACCUAUGCCUUCUUGAUUCUUUGAAUAUCUUAGUCUCACCAGGACACAUUACAGGGUGUGCCACUGCAUUUAGGGAUUUUUCUUUUAUUAGGUGCUGUAUGUUAUACUUCUCAGCCAUCAUCAGUCACUUUCAGUUGCUCCCAGAAAACCUGGUUGUUGUCCCAUGACAGAAGAUGUGACAAUCAUCACGGGCUUCCAUAAUAACACUUGAGUCUCUCAGUGUUCUUUGGCUCAAUAGGCCACAAGACUGAAAAGCACACUGGACUAAAUGAAGCAGACUGGACCCUUUAAUGCCAUCUUACUUGUAUAAAAAACUUCCAUUGUUCUCCCAAGAAGAAAUAUAUUUGUGCUGCCCUUGUUUACCCAGGAGCAAUUGAUCAUUCUUACAAUACUGCAGAUGCUGCCUUUCAGAGGGACUUUGACAGGCUGAAGAAGUGGCCUGACAGGAACCUCCUGCAGUUCAGCAUGGGGAAGGGCAAAGUCCUGCAUGUGGGGAGGAACAACCCUGUGCAUCAGUAUGUGUUGGGCACCCCUCAGCUGUAAAGCCCUUUUGCAGAAGAAGACCUGGGUUGAUGAUGAGCCAACAAUAGGUCCUUGCCUCAAAGAAAGCCAGAAGUGUUCUGGGCUGCAGUGGAAGGAGUGCUGCCACAAGGUCCAGGAAGAAGACUGUUCCUCUCUAUCCAACACUGGUGAGGGUGCUCUUGGCAUACUGGUUCCUGUUGUAGACUCCCCAGUACAAGGGGGCUAUGGAAGUGCUGGAGAGAAUUCAAUGAAGGGACAAAAAGAGGAUGAAUUAACUCAUUUACAGGAGCAUCUUUCCUAUAAGGAAAGGUUGAGAGAGCUGGGACUCUUCUUUACAGAGAAGAAAAGGCUUAGAUGAAUUUUACUAACAUAUAUAAACACCUGAAAGGAGGGUGUGGUGCUUUGACACUGGCUGGAUGCCAGAUGCCCACCAAAGCUGUUCCAUCACUCCCUCUCCUCAGCUGGACAGAGGAGAGAAAAUACAAGAGGCUUCUGGGUGUAGAUAAGGACAGGAAAGAUCACUCAUCAAUUACCCUCAUGGGAAAACCCAACUCAGAUUGGGGAAAUUAAUUUGAUUUAUUGCAAUCCAGUCAGUGUAGGGUAAUGAGAAAUGAACCUAAAAUCUAAAACCGCCUUCCCCCCCACUGCUCCCUUCUUCUUCAGCUCAACUUCACUCCUAACUUUCUCCUCUCCAAAGGGAUAGGGAUUUGGAGUUGAGGUCAGUUCAACACCUCUCUGCAGCUCUUUUCUCCUUCGGGGAAGGAACUCUCACACACUUCCCCUGUGCCAGCAGAGGCUGUCUCCCAUGUACCCCCUAAACUUCUCCAGUUCUUCACAAGUCCUGCCGGCAAACCUGUGCUAGCAUGGGCCUGUCACUCACAGAACCACAGGUCCUAACAGGAGCCUCAUUCAGCAUGAGCUUUUAUGGAGUCACCUGGAGCACCUACCUCCCCUCUUCACUGAGACUGGUGUCUGCAGAGUUGUUUCUCUCACAUCUUCUCUCACCUCUCUUCUGGCUGCUGUUCCACGCUAGGUGUUUUCUCCCUUCCUAAACAUGUUAUCCCAGAGGUGUUUCCACCACUGCUGAUGAGCUGAGCCUUGGCCAGUGGUGGAUCAGUCUUAAAUCCAUCUGGUGUUGGCUCCCCCACAACCAAAACCUUGCCAUGCAACCCAAAUCCAGAGGGUGCAAGGCAAACAGAGCCAGGCACUUCUCUGAGGUGCCCAGUGAUGGGACCACAGGAAACAAGCACAGGGCUGGAACACUGGAAGCUGUGUGUGAAACAUAGGAAAGCCACCUUAUUGUUGAGGGUGACCAAGCACUGGCUCACAUUGCCCAGAUGAAUUGAGGAUUCUCCCUCCUUGGAGCUAUUGGAAGGACAUAAGGAGAGCUUUAGGAGCAAGAAAAUGAAACCCAACAGUGCAGCCCAAAUGCCCGAGAUUCUGAACACAAAUGAACACUGGAGCAAGUUGGGAGGCAUGGAGGAAAGAGACAUGGCAUAUCAUUUUGCAAUGGUAUCAUGGCAUAUCUUUGGGUGACCAGUCAAGGGUGGAAGAGCUGAGAGAAGCUGUGCCCCUUCCAAUCAACAAGGCCACAGGCAACACCACUAGUGAGCUCCAGGCCAACCUCAUUUCCCUGCACUGCCCCCAUCCAGCAGUUAGCAAAGGAUUCCACAGACACUGACACAUUCCUGCCCUGGAAAUCCUGAGGCAUCUCAAUCUCAGCGCUCAGAAGAAGCCUCUAUGAAGAAAUGUCUAUGACAUAAGCCAGGAAAUGAAAAGGUGGCAACAUGGAAAACAAGCACCGAGCCCAUGUCAUUAUCUGGCAUGUUUUCCAUACAACAUGAGCACCUUAGGAAAUUAUCACUUUCAUAAGCCACCUUUGGGCCUGGGGCAACUCAGAGUGACUAUAAAAGCCAGCCCGACUUCAUGCUCUCUCAUCCACUUCUCCUGCCUCCUUCUCCUUGGGACCCAGGUACAUCUUCAGCCCCAAGACAUGUCCUGCUACAGCCCGUGCCGUCCCUGCCAGCCCUGCGGCCCCACCCCGCUGGCCAACAGCUGCAAUGAGCCCUGUGUCAGGCAGUGCCAGGACUCCACCGUGUUCAUCCAGCCCUCUCCUGUGGUGGUGACCCUGCCUGGCCCCAUCCUCAGCUCCUUCCCACAGAACACCGUGGUGGGAUCCUCCACCUCGGCUGCUGUUGGCAACAUCCUCAGCUCUGAGGGAGUGCCCAUCAACUCCGGGGGCUUUGACCUCUCCUGCAUCACCAACCGCUACGGUGGCAGCAGAUAUCGUCCAUGCUAAAGCCACUGGUGCAGCCUUCACAAGGACCCCCAGGAACCCAGAAGCUGAUGCUGGACUGAGGACAAAGCUCCUGGCCAUUGAAUUCAGAGGUGCUGAGCAACCAAUGCUGCCCUACUGAAGGAGGGCAGGUGGGGCUCUCUGAAACGAUGGCCAGUGUUUGCUUUCCCUGCCUUACUCUCUCUUCCACCUCUCUCUUGUCUUCCAUACUUCUGGACUGUAAGACUUUCAGAGCCUCUCUGGGGGAUCUGCUAACCCCUGCCCACUGUAGGGCAGGCAGAUGGAUGUCCCGUUGUCUCUCCAGUGGC